AUGGAGCAGCGAUUGAAGAGGCUGGGUCAUGUGGGUAGAAGGAAUGAGGAACGACUUCCAAAGAAACUGAUGUUUGGGGAAUUGAGGAAGACAAGACCUUGCCAUGGAACAAGAAAGAGAUGGAGUGAUCUAGUUAGUCAAGAUCUGCAAUUAGUAGAUACCAAAAACAUCUGGUACCAGAGAUGCCAAGACCGGAAUGGGUGGUUCAGUCUUUGUCAAAGAGGUGUUGAGAAGGUAGUCACAAAUCGGGGAAAAGCAGAUGUGCAGCGAAUGUACGAUUCCAAGGAGAAAGUUUCUUAUGUGAAUGUAGAAGAUCAUUUAGACGGCACGGCGACCUCACAAGACACAGGCGGUUUUGUCCUAAUUGUAGCUGCUGCUGAGUUUUGGCACAAAUGGAUAUGUUUGGACAGGGAAUUUCACCUCACUGUGCAGUUUAAGCAUGGUGAUGAACAUCGUUCAAACAAGUGUAUUGUGGAUAUCAGACAGGGAGAUAAAACGAUUGCUCUAGUAAUGUCUCUUCCUCUUGCCCAGGACAUCCAGCAUGACAGAAUGCCAGCGACAGCUUAUUCAGUGGCAAGUCCAUCUGUGCUCACAGGUGGUGUGACAGGCAUGGGAGCCGAUGCGGCUGAGUUAUUUGUUCGAGCUUUAUCACAAGGAAAAGUCGAAGUAAGUCGAGUGAAGAUUGUCGUUGCUGGUAGAGACAGAACGGGCAAGACCUCAUUUGGACGAUCUUUGCUCAAACUGAAGUUUCAGAUAAUUGAACCGAGCACACCUGUUGCAGUGGCAGAGUUGGCAGUGAGUGAAGCAUCAAACUGGAAGCUUUUGAAUGACAAAAACAAAGAAUUUUUAGACAAACAAAUAGCUAGAGCAGCAGUUCAUGCAAAUGUUUCAGAUAGUGAAGAUGACAAUAAAUAUGACAAUGAAAGAACAUCAAAAUGUGAGGUUGAGAUUGACGUGUCAGUCGGUAGAGAAUCUACAUCAACUGAUACAAGACAAAGUGGCAUUAACACAGACCAACUUGAUGAAGCAACAGACCAACUUAAUGAAGCAACAGACCAACUUAAUGAAGCAACAGCUCUAACUGAAGAGAUUGCUCGCGCUAUUAGUGAUUUCCAAAGUGAUCCUGACCUCUUAAAGGAGGAAGAUUCAAAAGUUCACUUUUCUAUUUGGGAUUUGGGAGGUCAGGAGGCACUUCUUCCUGGUCAAGGAGAAGCCAUCACACCAGGAUGUGUCGUUUGUGUUGUAUUUAAUGCAUCUGAGUUUCUAGGUGACAAGGCCAAGUCUUUCUAUCUUCCUUCUGCUGACUCAAAACCAAUUCCAAUCAACAAUCACUGGAUAGUGACAAACUAUGAUGCUGUGGCUUUAUGGGCAUCCAUGACUUUUUUGGCAGGAGAUGUCGAAAGUCUUGAAGGUCUUUCGUCUGGUCUUCACAUCGGCAAGUCAAAGGGAUGUGCAUCACCAGUGAUGUUGUUGAUUGGAACACACAUCAAUGAUGCCGAUGAAGAAAUGAUCAAGAAGCAGAACGAAUUUCUGUCUAAAAUGUUUUGUAAUAAAGCAUUUCAGAAGCACAUCCUUCGACCAUCUAACCAGGCUAAUGAUUGGUUCUUUCGUGUUGAGAAUUCGGUGUCUGAUCCUGACAGUGCAAGUGAGGAUGCAGGCGUGAGUGCAGUGAAGCAAGUCAUUGAAGAGAUGGCACGUGAUGUGUCACCUAAACCUCUGAUACCAGCCACUUGGUCAGUUCUAGAGAAGAUUCUUGAUUCUUUAGAAAUCAAGUUGGGCAGUGCUCUUUCCAGUGUCAAUGUUAUCAUGCAUUUUGCCCGUCGAUUGUGUCGUAUGUCAGAAGAGAAAGAAGUUCGUCUUGCUCUGACAUAUUUAGAUGAAGCCGGAUCAGUAAUUUAUCCUCAGAAAAGUGAGAAGCUGAAGAACACAGUCGUCACCAAACCAAGCUGGAUUUUCAAGGUUUUCUCAGUUGUGGCAUCUGUCACUACUCGACCUCCUCCUUUACUGAGUGAAGAUUGGGAUCGAGUUCGGCAAGUAGGAAUUGCUUCUUGGGAACUCAUUCAUCAUCGACUGAAAAAAGCAGGAGUGAAGCGAGUACAGUAUAAAGUUGUAUUGAAUUUGCUAAAUUAUUUCUUCCUUCUUUGUCCCAACCUUUGCCUGGCUCAACCUCUUCCUUUAUCAGUUUCUUAUAAAACAGAAUACUUUGUUCCAUGUUUGCUAGAAGUCGAGUCAAAAGGUCCAUUUGCAGCUGUUGAUUUGGUUGCUUCUCGGCCAAUGUCACUUAUCAUUUUGUCUCAUAAAAUUGAGUUUAUUCCUGAACAGUUGCAUUUUAGGCUGAUGACGUGUUGUAUUGAGAAAUAUCCUGAUGAACCAAAGUUGACACGUAAUAAGUGUGUAUAUCGAGUUGAGAAAGAUGUGAAGUUGGAAGUGAUUUAUCACUUGAAGAAAUAUAUCAUUGUCACUAUUGACACACAACGGCCACUUCAUGAAAUUGCAUGUCUGUGUACAGACAUCCGUCUGUUCAUCACUAAAAAGCUGCAUGAAGUGAAGACACCAGGGUUGUCUCGUUUUCAAUUUACAUUGAAUAUUCAACAUCCCGGACCAGCCAUUCCCAUGGAUGUGAACAAGUUGGUAUGUAUAGACAAGUACAUACCAAGUGAAGACACAAUAUUGAGGACAAACAUAGACAGAGACGAUGUUAAUCUGGAUGACUAUGAAAGAGCUGCAUUAGACUGUUGGUUCUAUGAAGAGAAAGAUGAUGUACCAGGCAAAUCUCAACAACAGGCACUGAUGUUUAAGCCAACCAGCAAAUGUACAGCUGAUGAUAUUGUGAAUGUAGCUGAGAAAGUUUCUCAUUGCUGGAAAAGGCUUGUGCUGAAAUUGGCACCUAAGUUUUUUAUAAACAAGACGAAAGCGAUAGAAAUAGAAAACAGAGAUGAUUGUAUCAUGCAAGCUGUAACAGCAUUAAAUAUGUGGAUUAAUGAAUUUUGUGACAAAGCCACCCAGGCAGCAAUGAUCAACGCAAUGUGUAACAUUGGGUGUAGAUCUCAUGCUGAAGAUGUUUUCAGUCGCAGUUUGGUGGCAUACGUUUGCCCAAUGAAAUGACUGUGUUUGUCUUCACUUGUAGCCAGACUUUACUAUUAGCUGUUGUACAUUAGCAUCAACAUUAUUUGGUUUUUCUUGAUUUGCAUUGUUGCCAUCAGAUGGGUAGACCUAUUAUUGGGUCGACAAAUUAUAAAUAAAAAAAAUAAAAA